GUAAAAGAGUGAGAGAGAGUUUGUACCCCGAGUAACCAAAUUCUCGCACAGCACAACCGCUGGAGCACAACUGUGCGCACUUCGAGGGUUUUCCCGUGUCUGUGCUGCGAGAACAUGCUGAGGAAGACGAACAUUUCUCCGAUGCGCCGCACGCUUUCGCACUGACUUUUACAACUUUUGCUGCAGUCGCUGUGGAGAGACUUAAGUGACUCUAAAUCGUUCUUGGGAUCGUCCUGUUUCACCAAAAUAUCUGAAACUUCCUGUCAUUCCUGGAAUUCUCCACAUCCCGUCUAUCCGUCAGUCAUGGGCAGUAAGACACUUCCAGCACCAGUUCCUCUUCAUCCCUCUCUGCAGCUGGCAAAUUACUCCUUCCUUCAGACAUCCAACGGGCUGCAUCUGCCUGCCGACCACAUGCCCAGCAUCUACAGUUUCAGCGCCCUUCAUGCGGUCCAGCUGCACCAGUGGACUCUGGGUUACCCUCACUUCACUUUUCCGCGCUGUACCAUCUCCAAGCUGCCCGGCCUGGUGGACGCCCGCUUUCCUCUACCCUCGAUUCCUCUGUUCCCCCACCUCGUCCAGCCCGCCAAGCAGGAUUCCCCUGGGCCGAACUCUGGAGCAUCUGCAAAGUCCAAACCCCGUUUUGACUUCGCCAACCUGGCAGCGGCCGCCACGCAGGAUGACGCCCUGAAGGCAGAAGAUCUGAGCACUAACGGCGGCCACAUGCGCUCGCCUUCAUUAGGCUGCCUGCUGGAUGUGGCCAAGCUCUCCUCGCCAGAAAGGAAGCCCAGCCGAGGACGACUCCCGUCCAAGACGAAAAAGGAGUUUGUGUGCAAGUUCUGUGGCCGUCACUUCACCAAAUCCUAUAACUUGUUGAUCCACGAGCGCACGCACACAGAUGAGCGGCCCUAUACUUGUGACAUCUGUCACAAGGCCUUCAGGAGGCAAGACCACCUGAGAGACCACAGGUACAUCCAUUCCAAAGAGAAGCCAUUUAAAUGCCAAGAGUGUGGAAAGGGUUUCUGUCAGUCCAGAACACUUGCCGUCCACAAAACAUUACACAUGCAGGUCAAGGAACUUAAACCGGCCAAGAUAAAGUGAGACCAGCUGCCUACAUUGAUGGGACAAUAAAACUGAACCUAGUGAUACCAGCCAAUGAUGCUGACAUUCAAAGACCACAGAUUGUACAUCUGAUGGCUGUGGACCUAUGCACAUGGCUUAACACAUCAAAGAUGGAUUAGACUUGACCAAAGAUCUUUCUGAAGACCACCAUAUCCUACAGCCAUGAUGCCUUAAUGUUUGACUGAUGUAACAGAAUGGAUGAAAAGUCACGGACUCAGCAGAAGCUAAAACAUGGAUAUGAGAAUGUCAGACUGAUUUAUGUUUAGGAAAGAAACCAGAUGAAAUCCAGACCAGCGACACCAAAUAGAACAACUAGUGAGAUAUGUGAUUUUAGUCUGCACUGCUCCGUUCUGAACAAACUAUUGUUUUAUUUUUGUAAACAGUGGGUUUUUUAUAGAUAUGAUGACGUUGUUGUUGUUAAUGAUGAAGGUAAACUAUGGAACCUAUGCAGUUAAUGGGUGCCUACAGCAGCUCUACAUUUAAAAUCCAAAGACAUUUUCAAAUCAUGUAAUUCCUCCUUUUGUACAGAUUCCCUUUUGUAUAACUAAUAUUUGGCACUUUAAUCUGAGUAUUGAUUAUUUACAUAUAUCACUGGAUUCGUUAAACUUAUUUUUGAAAAUAAAUAGUCAUUUCCUUAUCAAAAGCAUGUUUAUGGUAGUCAAUGCAAACUCGACACCAAAUGCAAAAUUUCCACCACACAAGGAGAAAAGACAUUGCAUUGAAAUUUAUUCAAUUACAUCUUAAUUGAAGAGUACAGUUUACAAAUAAAGGGGAUUUGUCUUUACAGACUACAAUUCAACUUUAAGCAAUAAACAUGGAUAAACACUGUGCUCCACGCUUAACUUAACAAAUAAAUAAAUAAAUAAUGAAUGAUUGAACGACAUCAGGGAUUGACUCAUAUUUGCCUCAGGAAAUGACAUCUGCCGCCGUGUUCAUUAGCAUGCUGAUGAACGAAUGAACCAAUUCUUUUAAAUCACUUUAACUUUGUGUAUUCAGUGUCAGUGGAGGGCACAAAUGUGGACGUAUUAAUAGAGAUGAGAGAAAAAAAUCACAGUUCACAGAUUAAAGGCUUUAAAAAGAUAAAAUAACAUUCAAAAGAAGGAUUGAGUAUUAGGCCAAAUUCACAUGUGAAUGUUUUUUUUAAAUCCAAUCUUUUUUUCUCCCGUAAUCAUAAAGUCGUCCCAAGAAAUGUGUAAGGUAUAAACAAAUGGCAGAAACAAAAGGGGCGUGUCGUAGUAAGGACGCGUGUGUCAUUGCAACAUGUUACCUUAUAUACAGUACCUAAAAUAUACAGAUUGGCUGUACACACAAAGACACAAAGGCGUCAAUUUCAGAUUUAUCCAAU